AUGCAAAACCAAGCUCGACUCAACCAACUCGGCGGUGCCUUCGUCAACGGUCGUCCCCUCUCCCUGGAAACUCGCGAGAAGAUCGUCCAAAUGUCUCAAAUGGGAAUCCGCCCCUGCGUCAUUUCUCGUGAUCUGCGCGUUUCUCACGGCUGCGUCUCCAAGAUCCUCUCCCGCUUCAACAAGACUGGUCAAAUCAAGCCUGGCGCUUCCGGCGGCUCGAAGAGAAGAUCCAACGUCAGCAAGGAGCAUGAAUAUCUGAUCAUCGAGUACCGCAAGCAAUUUGCCUACGCCUGGGAGAUGCGAGAAGAAAUGGUCAAACAAGGCGUCCAAAAAGUCCCUUCCGUCGAUCAAAUCAAACGAGUGCUCCGCCAAAAGGGUUGCCCGGAAGAAGGCGACACAACCGACCCCGCUUCCGAUCUUGAUCUUUCUCCACCACCAGCAGCUCAACAAGCCGCGCCAACCAAGCCUCGUCGAGCUCGAACCAACUUCACUCAAGCUCAAGUCGACGCCCUCGAAGGUGCCUUUCUCAAAACCCACUAUCCCGAUGUCUACGUCCGCGAAGAACUCUCCGCUCUCACCGGCAUGACUGAGAAUCGCAUUCAAAUCUGGUUCUCCAACCGACGAGCUCGAUACCGAAAACAAUGCCACGCCCAGCAAGUCUCCAAUCAGCCGAUUCAAACCGCACUUUGCCCUUCAAAUGCUCCAGCGGUCCCAACAAUGGUGCCUUCUCCUCCUCCAAUGGCCGAUUCUCCGCCAACCUCGUGGCCUCAAGAAUUUAGCGCUGGAAUGACUGCUCAAAACGCUCAAUUCAUGCAAGAGUUCUACGCCACUCAACAAGCCUACUUCCAACAAGCGCAGAUCUACCAGAACAUCGCUCCCCAACAAUUCUACGACGUCCAGCAAAUCCAGCAGCCAGGCAACUCUUCCGGCGGAAACAGCCCCAACGACUCUGGCUGCUACUCUCCACCAGCUUCAGCCCCCGUCCCCGAGGGUGCCCAAGAGCAAAUCUACAACGCUCCAAUCAAUCCACCAUCCGUUUCUUUCAGCCCCGAAGACAGCUUCCAACAAUACUUUACCCCUGCUUUCUAA